GCAAUGUCCAGCCUUGCCAAGACCAGCCCCUAUUCUUCACCAAUGAACAGUCAAAUUUACAAGCGGCAUACGCGUUACUCCAUGGCCGAGACGGACAGUGACAGCUUGCAAACGAUACGUUGUUGACAAAACAGUGAAGACCUGCUAAAUGCAACGUCGGCACCCAAAUAAGAACAUAUUUUCGUCGACCUCACCAAAAUCAGGUUGUUUGCUCGAAUGAGAGUGAAUCUACCGUCAGAUAACCUACUGGAGAGGACAGAUUUGCUUGUCUGCACCGGCAGCGACCUGAUUUAGGGACCGGCCGGAAUAUGAAACAUGGCAUCCGCAUCUCUCGGGAAAGCCCGAGCGCACUUCUCAUCACUGGAAGUCGUCUUGCCUUUUCGGAGAAUAUUUAAUCGGCUAAUUUUAUGUGGUUAACAUUGUUACGCGAGUUUUUGCUAGUGGUUGAGCCGUGAUUAUUCUGUAGUGCAUCUCCCUUUUAAUAUGGAUAUUUGGACUUGGUUGCGUUAAAGUGACCCGCUUUCAGCCUGUCCAUCAUAAUGGAUCAAGAUGAGAACCAAGAACCAUGCGAACCCCCUUUGCAUGCCCUUUACGGGCCUAACCGGAUUCGGCCUUCUUCGUACCGGGCUCUGCGCAGUGCCGUGUCCAGCCUGGCACGGAUUGACGAUUUUUUCUGUGAAAAAAUCGGCUCAGGGUUCUUCUCAGAAGUGUUUAAGGUGCAGCACAGGAUCACUGGGCAGGUGAUGGCUCUGAAGAUGAACACACUGGCCAGUAACAAAGCCAAUAUGCUGAGAGAGGUGCAACUCAUGAACCGACUCUGCCACCCCAACAUUCUCAGGUUUUUGGGGGUGUGUGUUCAUGAAGGACAGCUUCAUGCUCUUACAGAGUACAUAAAUGGUGGCAACCUGGAGCAGCUGCUGGACAGUGACAUAUAUCUGUCAUGGACUGUGAGAAUCGGUCUGUCCCUUGACAUUGCUAGAGGACUGCAGUACCUUCACAGCAAGGGCAUUUUCCACCGAGACCUUACAUCAAAGAAUUGUCUGGUGCGUUGUGAAAAUGGUGCUUUUACAGCUGUGGUUGGGGACUUUGGGCUGGCAGAGAAAAUCCCUGAUUACAGUGAUGGGGUUGAAAAACAACCUUUAGCCGUUGUGGGCUCCCCCUACUGGAUGGCUCCAGAAAUGUUAAGAGGAGAGCUGUACAAUGAGAAGGUGGAUGUCUUUGCAUAUGGAAUAAUCCUUUGUGAGAUUAUUGCUCGAAUUGAGGCUGACCCAGAUAUCCUCCCACGGACAGAGGAUUUUGGACUGGAUGUGGACACAUUUGAGCAUAUGGUGGGAGACUGUCCACCUUCAUUUCUUCAAAUGGCUGUCGACUGCUGCAAUAUGAAUGCAGACAGUCGUCCUGCCUUCUCUGAAAUUGUAGUGAUGCUCGAGAGGAUAGAAAGAGAACGAGUGAAGAGUGAAAUUCCAGUCAUCCUGGAACCCAUUGCCAUUGACGUCAGCCCAUAUCGAAGGAGAAGCUCGCCAUGCCAUCCCUGUGACCAGCGCCUGUCCCGCAGCCAGUCAGAUAUGCUUCCUCCUGCCACUUCCCCAUGUUUAGGCACACCUGCAAGGGUCAACCCAUUCUCUCUUCGGCAAGACCUCAACGGUGGCCGCAUCAAGCUGUUUGACACCCCUAGCAAAUCCGUCAUUUCCCUUACCUUUACCCUUCCACCACCUCCAGACCCCUCUGCGUCUCCACCGCUGAGCGGGAGCCCAGGGCUUCGAGGACCCCCUCGAAGGUGUCGGUCCCUGCCCUGCACCCCUGAACUAGGACGACAGUUACCCUUCAGAGAUCAAGAGGUAGAAGAAGAUCGGAGUGAAGAACUGGGCCAGGAAACGAAAGACAAAGAGUUGGAAGGACAACAAGAUGCGGUGGAGGACUCAGGCCUGGUUCUGGACUUAGAUAUGGUGUCUUUAGAACGGGUUGAGGAGGAAGAGGAGGAUGAAGAGGUGGAGAAAGAAGGACAAAGUCUCACCGAGCCCAUGGACUGCAGUAGCUCACCUGACACGACUGAAGGAAAUGUUUCAGGGAAGCGUUUAAUCAGCGGAUCAUCUUAUUCCUCGUCCUUGCAGUCCAAUGGUUGGGCUACACCCAUCUCUAAUGGACCACCAUUAUUACCUCCUCUUCCUCGUUUGGACAAUAAUAAUGGAGUUCUGAGGCCUGGACGUCCAUUUGCAUGGGUGAGACUGAACGGGUACCGAGGCCCUGCUCCAGAACCUUUACCGCCUACCGAACAAGACGAUGUGAUUUCGUGUCCAGCCUGCUGUCUGGCCGGCUUCAGCUUCCCUUCCUUGUGCCUGCGUGGAGCUCCUCCAUCACGCCGUGGGCCUCCACGAAGACCCUACAGGACCUUUAACGGAGGGGAUGCAUCCACAGCCACAGCAAAGGGACUGCUCUGUCGGGGAGCGACAGGUCUGGCUCCGUCCACUGCAUCGUGUGAGCCAGGGUUACCUCUACCAGAGGCCCAAACCUAAAGACGACCACUGCGACAUCUCAGAAACUGCACCAUAUUCAGAACGCAGCGCAGUCAGGUCGCAUCUCUGAUGUCAGUAUGGAUAUCUUUCUGGAUGCUGUGCGGGUCGAACUGAAUCAAAGGGAUUGUUCACCCCAAAAAUGUCAUUGUAAUUCUGCGUAGGCCAGUUUAUAUUGCACUGACCAAACAGAGAGCCUGCUUUUGUUUGAUUAGCGUGUUAUUCCUGUUGGCAUGUGCUGCCAUUGGUUGCUUAUUUGUGCCAGUUGAACUUGUUCAUUAGGCAUUUGAUGGGUUUUAGAGCGUCUGAGAUGUGGCGUGUUGUAAUAUGGUGAUUAUCCACAUUGGUUGGAAUCUGUUGAUGCAAGUUAAAUUGCCGUUUCAAAGUCCACCGUAUAUUGAAUUAAACAUUGUGGUACGGUUUAGUGAGUUGGCUAAAUUGCGAUUUUGUUCAACAAUAGAGCACUUUAAACACAGAUAUUGUUUUUUAAUUUAUACAGGUUUAAAAACAAUGUUUAACACUCAAAGUGAAGUUUAUUUAUAAACAAAUUUCAAGAGAAUCAUGUGCUUAUGAUUGUCCUCAGUCGUUCCAGCAUCAGCUCAUGAUUGAUUCUCCAAUCAGAUAAUUUCUAACUCCCUAUAAAUAAUCAGAGUUUUCCUAUCUCAAUAUCUUUGUCUUGAAGGACCCCCCUACCCACCCCUACUUUCCCUCCUUUUCAGAUGGGCGACACGGCGGCCCAGUGAUUAGCACUGUUGCCUCACAGCAAGAAUGCCUCUGUUUUAAGUCCCUACUAAACCAGACAUUUCUGUGCAGAGUUUCACUUGUUCUCUCCGUGCUCGUGUGGGUUUUUCCCCAUGUUUACCAGUUUUCUCCUAAAGUCCAAAUAACACGCAACCUAAGUAAAUUGAACACACAAAAUUGAUACCACAGUCAAGCUCUUAGCGAGUACACCUCCCCUCAGUCAUCCAUAUCCAUCAUUUAGCUAGAAAUAAGCCGGGGGAGUUCAUCCAGAUCUACUUGAGCUAAAACUCCCCUCUUCCCCUGCAACAGGAGGGAGCCCAGGGCUCAAGGAUCUCAUAAGGUCAAGUCUCUCUCCCGGGACAGCAUGCCAAACAAGCUUUUAUUAUCAAUCAUCGGCUAAGUGUGAACUCUUGAAAUAAUAAAAAGUUGAGCUUUUGAAGAUAUGACAAAUUUAAUAAAAAUAUGACAAGUCUGCAGGAAACUCCUGUAUAUUUCUAGCUCAAACAAAAGGUGUACUAAUUCUUGAAAAGUACACAUACUGCAAUUCGUAAGGAACUAAACAUUCUUUCAUAAUAUAAAAUAUCACAAUGGAGGUUUUUUGCAGCAUAAUGUUUUUGUUUUGGGGUGAACGAUCCCUUCAAACAUGUGUAUAAGACUGGGAUGAAUGUGACGAAUGAAAGGCAUGCUGGUUCCAUAGUGCCAGUUCUUGAUCAUCAUUCUUUUGUACUGUAAUUCAGAAUAACUUAAAUCAUUACUCUACAAAAACAAGCUGCUUUUUAUUGUGUGCUUAUUUUUUCGGGACUGAUUCAAAGCCACUGUGUUUGACAGAAAAUACUGUUUGUUAUAAGAGAGACCUGUGUGAAAAUACUGGCAUGUCGAAGCUUUUUAGUGGACUAUCUCAUGUUUUUAUUUAUUAGGUAAGCAUUCCUCUGAAAGACUGAAAGUGCUCUUCACUUGUCUGUGAGAGUGGAUAGGAUAUGUGCCACUGGGGUACUGAUGUCAGACAUUUGUUAUUACAUUUUUGUGAUACGUCCAUGUUUAGAUGCAAUGUAUGCAGUAACUUAUUGUAAUUCUGUAAAAUGUACUGUUUAAUAGGCAUUUUUUAAUGAAAACUUCCACAUUUUGCGUUUUACACAAAUGAUGUGUAGGAGAUUUGUAAAGUAUAUGAGUUUAUAUCUCCCCCUAGUGGUCUGGAAGAUGUACUCUCGUUAGAUCAAUGCUGCUGUUAUUUAAAAGAAAGACAAAACAGAUUCCUCUCACGAGUGAUAAUAGAGGACGUUUACCUUCACGUUUAAGCUUUUUGUGAUAUUUAAAAUAUGGAAUUGUAUUUAAAAAACAAAAGAGGAUCUUGCACAAAGUGUUUCCUAGUGCCACUGACAUUUACUCAAGACGAAUAUCACAUGAUAUCAACAAACCUGCUUAGUCUACAUGUUCACAGGAAUCUAGUUGCACAUUGGAUCUGUUUUAGUCUGAAACCUUACCUUCAUAUUCAGGCUAAAAUGAACUUUUACAUUCGUUUACCAAUAAUCACAGACAGUCUGAUCAUUUCCUCAUGCUUGUGUAUUUACAUCUGCUAAUGAGACGAGCAUUGGAAGAAUCUGCAUGCGAUUCUGUACUGUACAAAAGAGUGAUCUGUACAUAGCAGUGCAUGACAAUAAGCAAGAAACUGUUUAAAGCGUGUUAAAACUUCCCUUCAGGCUGGCAUCAGAGGUGAAGUUGCCAUUUUAGAUCUGAAUUAAACCAAUUCUUAAAUUGGUUUAAGAAGUAAGCUAUUUUUUCAAUAGGUUUAAAUGAAUGGACUCUUCCCAAACGUGUACAGUUUGUAUUGCUAAUCAAUGAAGCAUACAAUUGGCUUGUAAAACUCAAAAUGCUGAUAAUAAAGCUGGAUUGAAUCUGACAAAUUUAUUCAUGCCCAAGAAUAAAGCAAUUUGAUAAUGUAACUGUAAUUGUAAAGCACAGACAUUCAAAACUUGCCUCCUUUGUGUCAGUGAUGAAGUGAUGUUCUAGCCGACGGGACACUGAUGGUCUUUCUGACACGUUACUGUGUAAAAAUUCAUUUUUUUCUAGGAAAGUUUCUUUCUCUUUGAAAGAAAAGCACUUAUGAUUACUCUUAGUUCUGGGGAACAGCAGCUUUAAUAAAUGUCACUGAGUUGUUAUUUAUGAAAAUGUCAUUAAUUAAAAAGACUGAAUGUUA